GACAUUUGAGGAAAUGUUGCUUGCUUGCAUGUCGGGCGAGUUGAGUGGUCGCGGUGAAAUAAAAUGAUUGUGUAGUCGCCAAGUCCGUUAAUUGGCUCGAGACUCUAGUCUGCGCUGGCCAGCACACAAUCUCCGGAACGCGACCCUAAAACAAGUUAUUUUACACAAGAAAAACUCAACAAAGUGUUAAUGAAUAAUUAAACAGCCUUCAAAAAGUACAAACGUGUGUACAAAGGCUUAAUAAAAUAUUUAAACAUUAUCUUUCCUGUUUAAAAGUAAUUAUAAAUUAAACAUUCGAGAUGGUGAUUGAGAAAAUUUGCUGUCUCGGUGCUGGCUACGUGGGAGGGCCGACAUGCAGUGUUAUAGCAUUGAAAUGCCCAAACAUAAAGGUAACCGUCUGCGACAAGAGUAUGGAACGCAUCAACCAGUGGAAUUCUGAUAAAUUACCUAUCUACGAGCCUGGAUUAGACGAUGUCGUCAAACAAUGUCGAGGUAAAAAUUUAUUUUUCUCCACGGAUAUCGCGAAAAGUAUUCAAGAAGCUGAUUUAAUUUUCAUCUCUGUUAAUACUCCGACAAAAACCUUCGGCAAUGGUAAAGGGAGAGCCGCAGACUUGAAGUACAUCGAAGGUGCUGCGAGAAUGAUAGCAGAUUUGGCCACCAGUAACAAAAUUGUGGUAGAAAAGAGCACCGUUCCAGUCAAAGCAGCUGAAAUUAUAAUGAAAAUACUCCGUGCAAAUACCAAACCUGGAGUAGAGUAUCAAAUUUUGUCUAAUCCUGAAUUCUUAGCUGAAGGUACAGCUAUAGUAGACCUUGUUGAAGCUGAUAGGGUGCUUAUAGGUGGAGAGGAUACACCUGAAGGUCAGAAAGCUGUUCAAGAACUUUGCUGGGUGUACGAACACUGGAUUCCAGCUAAAAACAUCUUAACAACUAACACUUGGAGUUCCGAGCUAUCUAAGCUUGCAGCAAACGCUUUCCUUGCACAAAGAAUAUCUAGUAUUAACUCAUUAUCAGCAGUAUGCGAGGCUACAGGUGCUGAUGUGUCCGAAGUUGCUCGAGCAGUAGGUAGAGAUUCCCGUAUCGGUCCUAAAUUCUUAGAAGCCUCUAUCGGUUUCGGAGGCAGCUGUUUCCAGAAAGACAUAUUGAAUUUAAUAUAUCUCUGUGAAUGUUUGAAUUUACCUGAAGUUGCAGCGUAUUGGCAGCAGGUUGUUAGUUUAAACGACUACCAGAAGACGAGGUUCACUCGUAAAGUUAUAGAAUCUUUAUUCAACACAGUUACGGACAAGAAGAUCGCUAUACUGGGUUUCUCUUUUAAGAAGAAUACUGGUGAUACUCGGGAGUCACCAGCUAUCUAUGUUUGUAAGACCUUACUAGAUGAAGGAGCAAAACUACAUAUAUAUGACCCGAAAGUAGAGACUGAUCAAAUUUACUAUGAGUUAACAACACCUUAUGUAACAAAUGAGCCAGAGAUUGUCCGUAAAAACAUAGAAAUACACAAUACUGCUUAUUCCGCAGUAGCCGGAGCUCAUGCUUUAGUACUCUGCACUGAAUGGGAUGAAUUUAAAGUCUUAGAUUACAAAAAGAUAUAUGAAGUGAUGAUGAAGCCAGCAUAUAUUUUCGAUGGAAGGAAGAUCUUAGACCAUGAGCAGCUGAUAAACAUUGGUUUCCAUGUCCAGACUAUAGGGAAGCGGUUAUCGAGAACUGGAAGCAUCAGAGCACAAGGAAGCCAGACUUUGCCGUAAAAUGUAAAAAAGGCGAAGAAAGAGGAACAAUUUAGCUGUAAGGAUAUUAGGAGCCUUUGAUUAAACUAUCGCACGACUCUGCGAUUGUUUCGCAGCCAAUUCAACUGUUUUCCCACAACUAAAAGUCGA